AUGCCUGCACUGGGACCCCCACGCCAGCACCGGCCCAGGCGGUGCCUCCGGAGAGACGGUGCGUCCCUGGGGCUGGUAAAAAGGAACCAGAUCAACUUGCAACUGGAUUUGGUCCCCUUCAACCAGCUGCAGCGGCGCAUGCGCUACGGCACCCACUGCGUCCUCGCUGCCCCAGCCCGGAGGGGCUGCCGCUGGGUGGGCUGGCUGCGUCCUGCCCCGAGAGGGCUCGGGGUGAGGAAGUUUGUCGGCCCUGCCGUCGGGGCAGCCAUAGGGCUCGGACUCACUAUGGCAGUGCCAGCAGCCCUGUAUGUUCUGGGCUUCACCAAAGCAGGAAUUGCAGCUGGAUCCGUGGCCGCCAGAAUGAUGUCUCUAGCUGCCGUGGCCAAUGGCGGGAGGGUGGCUGCCGGGAGCCUGGUGGCCAUAGCGCAGUCGCUCGGUGCAGCAGGAGUCCCCACAGCUGUGUGGGCUGCCCUGUCAGCCAUCGGGGCUGCCAUCGGGACUGUCCUGCUGUGA